AUGGGGGAGUUUCUGGAACAGUUCUUCAUUUUUGUAGGGCUGCUGGUGUGCCUGGUCCACCUGGUGAAAUGUGUGAGAUUCUCCAAAUGUAUUUGCCUGCACUUCUGGAAAGUUUCGCCAAGAUCUUUCUUGAGGUCAAUGGGACAGUGGGCAGUGAUCACUGGAGCAGGAGAUGGGAUUGGGAAAGCUUAUUCAUUCGAGUUAGCAAGACAGGGACUCAAUGUCGUGCUUAUCAGCCGGACACCGGAAAAACUACAGGCCAUUGCUGCGGAGAUUGAGUGGACGAUAGGAAGUAGUGUGAAGAUUAUACAAGCAGAUUUUACCAAAGAUGACAUCUAUGAGUAUAUUAAAGAAAAACUUGAAGACUUAGAAAUUGGAAUUUUAGUCAACAAUGUCGGCAUGCUUCCAAACCUUCUCCCGCGUCAUUUCCUUAACAUGCCGGAUGACAUCCAGAGCCUCAUCCACUGUAACAUCACCUCGGUAGUGAAGAUGACGCAGCUGAUUCUGAAACACAUGGAAUCAAGGCGGAAAGGUCUCAUCUUGAACAUAUCUUCCGGGGCGGCCCUCUUUCCCUGGCCUCUGUACUCCACAUAUUCGGCUUCCAAGGCUUUUGUGUGCACAUUUUCCAAGGCACUGCAAGCAGAAUAUAAAGAGAAAGGAAUCAUUAUCCAGGUGCUCACCCCAUAUGCUGUUUCAACCCCGAUGACGAAGUAUCUAAAUACCAACAUGAUAACCAAGACUGCUGAUGAGUUUGUUAAAGAAUCACUGAAUUAUGUCACGAUUGGAGACGAAACCUGUGGCUGCCUCGCCCAUGAAAUCUUGGCAAGCAUUCUGAGCCUGAUCCCAUCAUGGGCCUUCUACAGCAGCAUGUUUCAGAAGAUGCUCCUGACUCGCUACAUGGACUACCUCAAGCAGAAUGCCAACAUCAGAUAG